UACCAGACGAUCUAACAGCGAGUGAUCUACCAGAGAUCCAAUAGCGAAUGAUCUACUUGACGAUCCAGCAGCGAGGGAUCUACCAAACGAUCCAGAUACACGCAAAUAGCUUGGAUACGACAACUGUGCUUACAUACCAACGGAAUGAGAAGAAUCGUCAAACACAGUGAGGCGCCGAAGGUGAAGGUGUCAGUGUACUAUGAGACUCUGUGUCCAGACAGCCAAAGAUUCAUCGUUCAGCAGCUGUAUCCCGUGUGGCGUGACCUCAAGGACAUCAUUCAACUGGACAUUCAUUCCUUCGGCAAGACAGUAGAAUACGAUGGUGGGAGCAGGUUCACGUGUCAGCAUGGCUCCAGGGAGUGCCGGGCUAACACCAUGCUAACUUGUGCCAAAAAAUACAUCGCAGACGAGAGUCAGUUUCUGGACUUUGUAAAGUGUGUGAUGUCGAGAUUUACUGGCACCGACGCCGGACCUGUGUGUGCCAAUGAGACGCGGGUGGAGUUUGAGGAAAUACAGAGAUGUUAUGGUGGCGCUGAAGGACUUGCCUUGCAGCACCAGUUGUCCCUUCACCAGGCUGCUCUCAGCCCUUCCCUAGACUAUGUUCCCUGGAUCCUCGUCAAUCAGGUGUUCACACGGCACCAGCUUCGCGCAGCGCAGUAUAACCUGCGCGCAGUGGUCUGCGCGACCUACGAGGGAGCAACACCUGCCAUGUGUUUUUAAGGCCUAUUGACUAACCCAACCUACUGACCGACCUUCCUUAUUGACUGACCACCUACUGACCGACCUCCCUUAUUGACUGACCACCUACUAACCGACCUCAUUGACUGACCACCUACUAACCGAUCUCCCUUAUUGACUGACCACCUACUGACCGACCUCCCUUAUUGACUGACCACCUACUAACCGACCUCAUUGACUGACCACCUACUAACCGAUCUCCCUUAUUGACUGACCACCUACUGACCGACUUCCCUUAUUGACUGACCGCCUACUAACCGACCUCCCUUAUUGACUGACCACCUACUGACCGACCUCCCUUACUGACUGACCACCUACCGACUGACCUCCCUUACUGACUGACCACCUACUGACUGACCUCCCUUAUUGAAUGACCACCUAUUGACUAAGCACAAUGACUGACGCCUAUUGACUUUGGGUCAAGCCACGAGUGUGCGAAACGAGCUUUUAUGGAGACAAAGUUUCGCUCUGUGUAGAGCUUCAUCAAGUCACGAAACUUGUGUUUGGCUCUAUACAGAGCGAAACAUCGUCAGAAUAGGAGACUUGUUCUACAUGCUAGGUAAGGACAGUACACUGAUACAGUAUACAGAGUAAACUCCAGAGCACGUACCGAGAAUACUCUAAGGUAUACCAGUAUACUCUACACACUCUACCACACUUGGCUCAACCAUUUGCCACGUCAACCACUGCAUUUCGCUCGAAGUAGAGCUAAAGUGAGCAAAACGUUCUCCAAAUAAAUUAUUAUAAUACUACUAGUAGUAAUAACAGCAGUAGUAGCAACAAUAAUAGUAGUAGUAGUAGCAGCAGCAGCAGUAGUUGUAGUAAUAGUAGUAGUAGUAGUAGUCGUAAUAGUAGUAGUAAUAGUGGUAGUAGUAACAGUAUCAGUAGUAGAAGUAAUAGUAGUAGCAGUAGUAAUAAUAGUAGCAGUAGUACUAUCACUACUACUGCUACUAUUACUACUACUACUAGUAGUAGUAAUAGUAGUAACAGUAGUAGUAGUAGUAAUAGUAGUAGCAACAGUAGUAGUAGUCAGUAGCAGCAGUAGUAGUAGUAGCAACAGUAGUAGUAGUAGUAGCAACAGUAGUAGUAGUAGCAGCAACAGUAGUAGUAGCAGCAGCAGCAGCAGCAGUAGUUGUAGUAAUAGUAGUAGUAGUAGUCGUAAUAGUAGUAGUAAUAGUGGUAGUAGUAACAGUAUCAGUAGUAGAAGUAAUAGUAGUAGCAGUAAUAAUAAUAGUAGCAGUAGUACUAUCACUACUACUGCUAUUAUUACUACUACUACUAGUAGUAGUAAUAGUAGUAACAGUAGUAGUAGUAGUAAUAGUAGUAGCAACAGUAGUAGUAGUCAGUAGCAGCAGUAGUAGCAGUAGCAACAGUAGUAGUAGUCGUAGCAACAGCAGUAGUAGUAGCAGCAGUAGUAGCAACAGUAGUAGUAGUAGCAACAGUAGUAAUAGUAGCAACAGUAGUAGUAGUAGCAACAGUAGUAGUAGUAGUAGCAACAGUAGUAGUAGUAGUAGCAACAGUAGUAGUAGUAGUAGCAACAGUAGUAGUAGUAGUAGUAGCAACAGUAGUAGUAGUAGCAGCAACAGUAGUAGUAGUAGUAGCAACAGUAGUAGUAGAAGUAGCAACAGUAGUAGUAGUAGUAGUAGCAACAGUAGUAGUAGUAGUAGCAACAGUAGUAGUAGUAGCAGUAGUAGUAGCAACAGUAGUAGUAGUAGCAACAGUAGUAGUAGUAGCAGCAACAGUAGUAGUAGUAGCAACAAUAGUAGUAGUAGUAGCAACAAUAGUAGUAGUAGUAGUAACAGUAGUAGUAGUAGUAGCAACAGUAGUAGUAGUAGUAGUAACAGUAGUAGUAGUAGCAACAGUAGUAGUAGUAGUAGCAACAGUAGUAGUAGUAGUAGUAACAGUAGUAGUAGUAGCAACAGUAGUAGUAGUAGUAGCAACAGUAGUAGUAGUAGCAGCAACAGUAGUAGUAGUAGCAGCAACAGUAGUAGUAGUAGUAGUAGUAACAGUAGUAGUAGCAGCAACAGUAGUAGUAGUAGUAGCAACAGUAGUAGUAGUAGUAGCAACAGUAGUAGUAGUAGCAGCAACAGUAGUAGUAGUAGCAACAGUAGUAGUAGUAGUAGUAACAGUAGUAGUAGUAUCAACAGUAGUAGUAGUAGUAGCAACAGUAGUAGUAGUAGCAGCAACAGUAGUAGUAGUAGCAGCAACAGUAGUAGUAGUAGUAGUAACAGUAGUAGUAGUAUCAACAGUAGUAGUAGUAGUAGCAACAGUAGUAGUAGUAGUAGCAACAGUAGUAGUAGUAGCAGCAGCAGCAAUAUAGUGAAGCACUCAACCCAUACAUAUUAUAUUGAUCAUAGGAAGGGGAGAGACGCUCUAAUUUCCUGGAUCAAGAGACCUUCUCCAGCAGCAUGGCAUCCUCCUUGAAGGGACCUCAUCCAAUAGGCUUAAAGAAGCCGAUUAAAAAAUAUAUACUAUGAAUUUUAACGUCUAUCUGAUAUUUGUAAUAUGAGAAAAAAUUCCGAAAAAUGUAAUAAAUAUGCAUGUAAAAUAAAAAUCCGUAUGAA